AUGUCUUUCUUCGGCUUCAAUACCACCCUGCCGAGGGACCGAGCUGCCCAUGCUCCUCACCCGACACAGGCUCCCGGCUUCUCGCAGCAGGUUGACGCCUUCGCUGGCCUUUCAGGGAACUCAAACGAAAAGGCUGACGAUGAUGGCUACGACUUUGAGGAUACCUACGACGGUCUAGGCGAUAAACUCGAUGAAGGAGAUGAUGAAUUCAAUGAUGAGACCUUUGGAGGAGGCAAUGCUGCCGCCCCCGGCAAGGACUUCGAUUUUUUCGGCUCCACCGCAAAGGUCGCCAAUGCCAUCAACGAAGAACAGCUCCUCUACGCUCGUGGUCCCAAAAAGCCCACCCAAACUGCCCCUCCUUCGUAUCACCAAGAUCACCAACCCAAAGCUCCUAGCUAUGCCGCUGCCACGAAACCCAAACUACAGCCUGCUCCUAAGCACCAAAUUCCCACGGAGAUCCCCGAGCUGAAGCCUGAGAUGUCAUUAUGGGCUACCACGUCCCCAGAAGCUACCCCAGCCAAGAACCUCUCCGCUCAUGCCGCAGUUCACUACCUUCAUAUCGAUAACCCUCUGCAGGAACCUCCACCAACGCAGCCAAAUUUUUCACAACCUGCACCAGCUACUCGAAAGUACAAGAGCUUAGAAGAAGUGGAAGCUGAAAUAUUGGCGAAGAAGCAGGCUAGGCUCGCUGCCGCACAACAACCGCCCCAACCUCAACUCCCUCCACAUAGCCAAUUAAACCAACAAGAUGGCUGGCCUGGUCGGCCCGUGCAGGGAUUCCCUCAACAUCCACAGAUGCAAAUGCAGCAACCACCCCUCCAGCAGAUCGAGCUGCCUUUCCCACCCCGGGGCAUGCCACCACCCCAGCAAAAUCAACGCCCACCUCAAAAUGACCGGACCCCAGAGCAUCUUCAACGUGGGCCCAUGCCUCAACCAGGCCCGGGUGGACAGCUACCAUUUCCACAGAUCCCGGCCAACCCACAGUUCCAAGGUAACAAUAUUCCAUUCCCAAUGGGAAUGAUCCCGCCACAGGGGCCACAGGGACCACAGGGACCACAGGGACCACAGGGACCACAGGGACCACAGGGACCACAGGGACCACAGGGACCACAGGGACCGCAAGGACCGCAGCCGCCGUUUGUAGGGAUGCCACCUAUGCAGCCACAGAUGAUGCAGAUGACCGAAGAGGAGAGGGUUAAGUUCUUGGAAGAGGAGAGCAAGCGGCUGAAACGGAACCAUAAGAUCGCUCAACUGUCCCGAUAUAACGGUCUAAUGACCCCUUCGGACAAGAAUUUUAUUACGAGGAUCCAGCUCCAGCAACUGGUGUCGGUUAACGAAGACUCCUUUAAUGAGGACUUCUACUACCAAGUCUACAUGGCCAUCAGAGCCCGGAAUAACCCUCAACAACCCCUGAAUCAGUUCGCCCAGACAUAUCUCGGCCAGCAAGGAGCCCGGGGCGGUAGAGCUCGUCGUCAGGAUAACCAUCUUCUCCGAAUGCAGCAACAGGUUCAACGUGCCGUUGCUGCUGCUAAGGCUCGUCCAAAGGCGUCACAGCUAGUUCUAGAAGGCUCACUAGGAAAGAUAUCAUUCAGCAACGUGAAGACACCGAAACCGCUGUUAAGCAUCAAGAAGCAAGACAGCACUGGCGUAGUAGAACCGGGUCAAAAACCAGCACAUGCUUUCGCCGGCAUCGACAGGAGGAGUAUCUUAGCGGCUGCCGAAGACAUCUAUCGAUGCCUACUUGACUUAGACUCCCAUGAACGAAAACACCCAGGUCCUAGUCUGACCGGCCAGCAACCCGAUGCCAAUACAAUCCAAUGGUUUGAAGUCAGGGACGCCUUAAUCGCGAAGUUGUGGAGGUCUAUGCGGAUUAUGGAACCCAUUAAGGAGGAGCCUAACGCACUGCAUCCCUUCAUCGCCAUCCUUUCCGUUAAGAAAGCAAAGGAGGCUAUUCCCCGAGUAUUCAGAUAUAUCGAUCUACAACAACGUAUCACAAUUCUCACUAUGAUCACAAUAUCUCUCGACCAAGUUGAUGUCAUCAAGGAUGGCCGAUACCUGCCCGACACUCUUUCACUCUCCAAUGAAACCAAGAAGAAAAUCGAAGGAUUUUCCCAAUAUGUUCUCCCACCACUUCUUUCCUAUGUCGGAGACGCACAACUCGAUGUUAUAACUGGCCUGCUCGGCAUCCUCCUCGACCGCGUCAACGUCCUCUUGCUCAGCCAGACCCAAAUCGGUCUCGCUUUCUUGACAAUGUUCACUAGCCGUGCAGAGAUCAUAAAGCAGGCCAACCAGGCGGACGAUCAGGGUGUAUUAAAGUGGACACAGACGUACGACCGAUUGUUCGAGGUACUCGAAGAUCAUUUGUUGGAUAUCUUCCCGCCACAUGGGGCACAGGUGGAUGAUAUGUAUGUGUGGCAGUUUUUGGCAAGCAUGGCGGUUGGGGCGAACAUGUCACAGCAGCAGAAGAUGGUUUCGGCGGUCAAGGACCGUGUCAACGACAAUGUACAGGCAAGCAAAACUUUGCCACAAGAGAUGGGGCAGCAUAAACUGGCGAAUACGAAUUUGUUUUUGAGGGCCUUGGGUCUGGAUAUUGACCUUCUCCUUUCAUAG